AUGUCGACUACAGAAACAAAUACGAAUACUGACAAUACACAAGACCCAGUAGAAACAGACCUUAUACGCAUGUAUAGAGAGAUGCAGACAAAUUUAAUGUCGCAGUAUGCAGCUCAAGUUGUAGAAAAUGUUGCGUCACAAAUGCAAGCUCACACAGAAAAUGUUGCAGCUCAGAUAGGUACUGUUAACACACGAGUAGAAAAUGUUGCAGCACAAAUGCAAGCUCACACAGAAAAUGUUGCAGCUCAGAUAGGUACUGUUAACACACGAGUAGAAAAUGUUGCAGCACAAAUGCAAGCUCACACAGAAAAUGUUGCAGCUCAGAUAGGUACUGUUAACACACGAGUAGAAAAUGUUGCAGCACAAAUGCAAGCUCACACAGACAAUGUCACAGCGCAGAUAAACGCUGUCACUACCCAGAUAGCCAGUGUAACGACACAAAUGGACAAAAUAGACAAUGACGUGAAGAACCUGACCGACAUGCAAAAUAAUCUGACGACUCAACUGACCCAGUUAAAAAGAGAGGUAGCAGAUCAAGUGGUAGAGGUAGUACGCGAAGAUUUAAAUUACAUGAGCCAAGACAUUGAUAACUUAAAGUCCACAGUUAAGGAUAUGCCAGAACAGAUCCGUACCUUAACCGAAAAUUUUGAAGCUAUGAGUUUUCAACAGACCGAGCUUAGUGUCAAAAUGCAGGAGGCUGUAGACCAAGUUGAUGACAUGACGAAACAACAAAAACAGCAGUUUGACGAAUUUUUAGAGGAAAAAGACAAACAUAUCAACCAUACAUUAGAAACAGAACUGAAAAAAGCAAUAACUAACACUGUAGAACAGGUGUACAUUACCCAAAACACGUCUGUAACUAAACUUCAAACUGACCUAGCUCAGUUACAAAAGACUGUGACACAGGACUUACCUGACUGGAAAAAAACAUGUAGACGAGCAACUGAAGAGUAA